UGCUCCACAGUGCAAGUCUCAGACGUGCAUCGCGAAACAUGGCUCCGAUCAGGAGAUACCUCAGGAUCACAAAGCAUUCCGUCUUGGAAGUUCGCAUAUAUCUCGACCGUCCCUCUGACGCUGAGACAUGGCUCCUGAGACGUGACAAUCCCGCUCUACCGCGUGUGAUCCAAGCUGUGCGCCCGCUCGUACUGCCGAAACUGCGCGAGGAGAAUGAACGGAAAAGUGGCCGUGGCAAAGGCAAAGCAAAGAAGAAGGGCGUUAAAGAUAUUGUUGUUGAGGAUGACUUCGAGGUGUCCAUCUUUCUGACAGAGCAUUCAUCACGACAUUCGGUCCUGACAAAACAAAAAGUCUUCAAAGACAAACCUCGGAUACAAAGCAACUCGGGCAAAUUGACGAAUUGGCUUAACACAGGCAAUGGUGAGCAGCCACUGGUAAUCAAUGAUGGUCCAACAGAGACCGUCAUCAUAAGAGAGGAGGAAGAUGACGAACCCAUUAAUCUGGAGGACGUGCCGGAAGCGGACGGAAGUGAGGAUCAGACCACAUAUGCAGUCGAUGAACAAGAUCAAAAAAAGAAGCUUGGCUUGAAUACAUCAUAUGAUGGAUUCUCCAUAUACGGACGCAUAUUGUGCCUGGUAGUCAAGCGGAGGGGGGUGCGCCAUCAGGCAGGCAAUAGUAGUGCGCAUGCGUCAAGCCAGCAAAUGUUGGAGAAUUGGGUGUCGACGCAAGCGCAGGCUGAGCAAGUUAACGACGAUGAAGAUAUUGGCUAAGCCACACUGCGUGCAAGGUUUCAUUGAAACCCCGCCAAUAAGUGUACGCGGUCCAAUUAGGAAAGUCAAUAUCGAAGCGAACCUUGAUACGAGUU